AUGAACGUACAAACAAGAGUAGGUAAGUAUCCACUCUCAAAAUUUGACGUUGAAAAUAUUCCAAAAGUCUUCCUCGACAUCGAUCUUGAAAGCAAGUUCGGUACUGACAAAUGCUCCGGCAUACCAUCUCUCUCGGAACCAUGCUCGGAGCAAUUUAUUGAAAACAAAUUAGUGUUUGAGUUGAAUUGCAAACAUGCAUUUCAAAUCAGUUGCACUGGGACGUGGUUGAUGAAGAAAGCUCACUGCCCGCACUGUGAAGAGUCUGUUGUCUGCCAUGGGCAGUUGGGAAUGACCUAUGAGAUGACAUGUUCAAACUACGGCUACAAAUAUGUUGACAUUACAUAUCCACCAGUUAAUUGUCUGCCUGAAUUUAUUUGA